CGUGAGGCACGCCGGCGGGCGGGUGCGGUGUCCGCGCUGUCCGCUCCGCCGGGUGUCAUUGGGCUCCGAGGCGCGGCGCCGAGGGCACCGCGGGCGGCUUGGUGUCCGGCACGGGCAUGGCGGGCGCGCUGGUGCGGAAGGCGGCGGACUAUGUCCGGAGCAAGGACUUCCGGGACUACCUCAUGAGUACUCACUUUUGGGGCCCAGUAGCCAACUGGGGUCUUCCCAUUGCCGCCAUCAAUGACAUGAAAAAGUCUCCAGAGAUUAUCAGUGGGCGGAUGACAUUCGCUCUCUGCUGUUACUCCCUGACGUUCAUGAGAUUCGCCUACAAGGUGCAGCCCCGGAACUGGCUUCUGUUCGCCUGCCACGCCACAAACGAAGUGGCCCAGCUCAUCCAGGGGGGACGGCUGCUCCGGCACGAGAUGUCUAAAAAGGCCUCCGCAUAACAAUGGCAAAUGAAGAACCGGCUUUUCGAAGGGGUGGCAUUGCCAGCUGCUGCUGUGAGUCACAGAUUCCACCAUAAUGAAUAGUCUUGCUAAGAAAAAUACGCGGAAUGCUAUUUUUACUACCCAGACUAUUUUUCUAGAAAUAGCAGGGAGUUCCUAAACCUACUCUCUGCUGCCUUACAAGUACUGAAUAUUUUACUUCUCUUCAGAAAGAGUAGCUCAAAUAUGCAAUCAAUUUAAUAAUUCCCAGUGAUGGUUGUAUCUGCAGUAAUAGGUAUAUUAUCUGUUAGAAUUUACUUAAUGAAAAACUGAAGAGAACAAAAUUUGUCGCCAUCAGCAUUGACGUGCUCAGAAAUCGUGACCUUUCUUUUAAUGACCAUGAGACAGCUGACAGCUGGCCACAUACCUAAACUCACAUUGCCAGUGUUUGAGAAGGUAUUUGUACUUCCAUGCGGUGUGUAUAUUGAAAUGCUGUAAAUUAACGGCAAUAAAUGAUUUAAAUAUUUGUCAAA